AUGACAACCCCUUUACCACUUAUACCCUGGUCGAAGACUUCGAUUCUCACAUCUCGUAUGCAUCUGGAUGCCUCGAGAAUAGCACAACAGGCUGCACUGGACCUUUUCGUACUAGGAUUUGCUGAACAAGCCUUCAUGUUACUCGAGACAGUCCAUGAGUAUGGUAUCGACACAAAAACCAAGGACUAUUACGGAGCGACUAUCUCAAGGCAAUUGACAGGAGCUUGGGGAGCUAGCGAUUCUUUUCCUUCAUGGGCACACGAAGCGGGCGAUGAAGACAUGGACUGCAUAUCUACCACGGGCUUACCUAAGGAUUUAACAGUGAAAGCCGAAGAGCAUGAGUUGAAUAAAGAAGAUGUCAAGUUCGCAUGUGAGCGCCUCAACGCAAAGCCAGAUGCUACCUAUAGUAUUCCGGAAGAAUCGAUGACGCUUGGUGCUGUCGCACAGGUCGCGCACCUUGCAGGCGAGGAAGAUUUAGCCACUAGCUUGAUCGAAAAGAAUAUGAAAGAGUUCUACCAGUACCUGUUAGACAAUUUCAAUAACCCAGACAUAAGUGGGGACGAGACGAGGCAAUGGCUAGAGCGUCGCCAGGGCUUGCAGCAUUGCGACGUAAUAUGGGAAACGCUCAGAGAAUUAGAUCUCGGAGAAGUAUUCGGUGUGCGCAUAUCUGACGUGGAAGACUAUGUGAAAGAGGGUUGCACCCUCUUCAAACAGCGCUCUACUGAAGGACCCAUGCGCCUAUACAGUUCGAAAACGAUGGCCGAGCUGGUGCAGAUGAUCGAAGAAAAUGUCCUUGCCGAACGUGCCGAUAACGGUGAAGACGAAACAUCUCCCGUCCUGAAUAGUGGCGCAUCAGAAGAUCAGAUUGCCGCUCUCGAGAAACGUCUGUCGGCAUCGCAUGCAGAAGGCGGCCUUGAUGAUACAGAUGUCGCGCUGCCGAGUGGAAACCUUCCAGAUGAAUACAAAGACUUCCUGCGCGCAAGUAACGGGAUCGAUGAAGACCUUUUCUUUAGUACCGAGGACGUAAACACUGAGGGACGCUGGAUGGUCGAUCUGGAUUAUACCCUAUUCCCCAUCGAAGGCAAGGAGUGUCUCCUAUACGGCGCGGAUCGCGACUUUGAUGAGAUAAAACUAGGCGACUAUACGUGCAUUACUAUCGGGACUGGAGACCACGAAGGUAACGUCACGCUUAUACCACCUACUUCGGUCCGGCCCAUUAUCGAUAGUUUUGAAAAGGCAUAUGCAGAGGCGAGCGAAACCAACAAGAAAGUCUAUGAGCGCGCCGCUCUGGACAUUUAUGGAGGCAUAGAGGAGCUCAGAGCGUUAGAAUGGUUGUGUAUCGAGUUCCAGCAUUCCGCGUAUGAGCAGAGAAUCUGGGGUGGACUAAAGCCUUUUCUGGAAGAGUAUGUCAAAAGAGAAGUCGAUAAGAGGAUGGAGGCUGAGAGACGACAAAAGAGAGACGCGAAGGAAAGGGAAAAAAGCAAAGCUAGGAAGAGAAAGAGGGAAGAUGACCAGUCUGUUGUUGUUGAUGAUGAUAACAAGUCGGUUCGUACGGCUUGAACUUGAUGAACCACAUCGCGUGUGGACUCGAAUAUCUAUACACCAGCUCUAUGAGACUGAACUUUGAAAUAGCAUACUCUGAUUCGUCAUAAUUGGCUGAUAAAUGUUCUGUAUAAUCUACGCGUUCAACGGAACACUUCCGUGCCGCAUUUGCAAUCGUCGCUGUCGGUUU